CUCGCUUAGUCCCCCCAUGCUCGCCCCCGAUUUAACCCCUCCCUCUUCCCUAGAAUAGAAACUGCCAGAAACACUACUAAGCCUCGCCUAAACCUUUGACUUUGUGUCUUGCUUUUAUUUGUGAAUUCUUUUUGUUUUAAUUCGUUAUAUUUCUGCCCCAAAUUCGCAAUGAAUGGCGACGGAGAUGGACUAGGAGGUGACGCGGCGGCAUUGCAAGGAUUCAAGGUCUACAUGUGGGGUUACCUACCUGGAGCUCUGCCGCAGAGGUCGCCGCUCUUGACGCCGGUGCCUGUUAGGGUGCCGGCUUCGGUUGGUUCUGCUGGUUACUCCUGGAAGGAUGUUUGCGGUGGUGGCUGUGGCUUCGCGAUGGCUAUCUCUGAGUCAGGAAAGCUUAUUACAUGGGGAUCAACUGAUGAUCUAGGUCAAAGCUAUGUGACAUCUGGCAAGCACGGGGAAAUUCCUGAGCCUUUCCCUAUUCCAACUGAGGCUUCUAUCAUAAAGGCUGCAGCUGGAUGGGCACAUUGUGUUGCUGUUGCUGAUGGCGGUGAAGUUUACACAUGGGGAUGGAAGGAAUGUGUUCCAUCUGGGAAGGUAUUUGGCGAAUCAUCAACUGGGGCAAGUCCUGAAAAAGAUAUAUCGGAAAAGCAGAGUUCAUUAUUGACGGAGCAAGUGAGCCCUCGCUCACAAGGCUCAAGAUCGACUGGAGGAACUGCUUCCAGCGCUAGUGGAGAUGAAGGUACAAAGCGAAGGAGAGUUUCUUCAGCAAAGCAAACUGCUGAAAGCUCAACAUCUGGGGAUGAUACUCUGACAGCAUUUCCAUGUCUUGUUGCACUAAAUCCGGGUAUAAGAAUAACAACUGUUGCUGCUGGUGGACGUCAUACCUUAGCAUUGUCAGAUAUAGGACAGGUGUGGGGUUGGGGCUAUGGAGGAGAAGGGCAGCUUGGCUUAGGCUCCAGAAUACGAAUGGUGUCCUCUCCUCAUCUUGUCCCUUGCAUUAAUUCUUCUACAUAUGGAAAAGAUAGAUUUGUUGCUCUUGCUCAAGGAAGCAUGAAUUCUGGGGGACAGAAUUUUAGAGUUCCUGGGAAUUACGUGAAGGGAAUUGCUUGUGGAGGUCGGCACAGUGCAGUUAUCACAGAUGCUGGAGCUUUGCUGACUUUCGGUUGGGGACUAUAUGGACAGUGUGGGCAAGGAAGCACAGAUGAUGAGCUAAGCCCAACAUGCGUAUCUUCCUUGUUGGGUAUCCGAAUAGAGGGAGUCGCUGCAGGGCUGUGGCAUACAGUCUGUGUAUCUGCUGAUGGUGAUGUGUAUGCCUUUGGUGGAAAUCAGUUUGGCCAGUUGGGAACUGGUGAUGAUCAAGCUGAGACUAUACCGAGGCUACUGGAUUCUCCGAGCUUGGAAAAUCAGCAUGCAAAGACCGUAUCCUCUGGGGCUCGCCAUACCGCGGUGGUAACAGAGGAAGGGAAAGUAUUUUGCUGGGGAUGGAACAAGUACGGACAGCUUGGCCUUGGCGAUGUGAUUGACCGUAACAUUCCUUCUCAAGUCACCAUCGAAGGGUGUGUACCUAAAAAUGUUGCAUGUGGCUGGUGGCAUACUCUUCUUCUGGCGGAGUCACCCACUUGAAUGCGUGGCUUCUUGGAGGCUUUGACCCAAUUUUGUUAGUUAGCAGAUCUUUUGAUUGGUGAAUCGUGAAGUUAUAUGGAUAUGUACAUAAAGUGGCGUUAUACAUACACAUACAUAGUUGCAGGUAUUUUUUCAUGGUUGGAAUCACCAUGACUGGCUCUAGAUUUGACAUUACCAGAGUUUUAUUUCUGGUUUGGCUAUUUGGAAAGGAAGCGUUGGGUUCGUUUCACCUAUGUAAAAUCAUCUCAUUGUGUAUAUUAUUAUUGUAUAAUAAGAUGAUGCCCUAGGAGAUAGAUGGCACUGUAAUCAGAGUUAGGGGUGUUUCUUUAGAUUAGUUGACCCAUGCAACAAGUAAUGUACGAGUUUGAUCUUUUAAAUGCAA